AUGGCGGGCAGCGGAGGCGGCGCGUACAGGGCGGAGGACGACUACGACUACCUCUUCAAGGCGGUGAUCAUCGGCGACUCCGGCGUCGGCAAGUCCAACCUGCUCUCGCGCUUCACCAAGAACGAGUUCUGCCUCGAAUCCAAGUCCACCAUCGGGGUCGAGUUCGCCACCCGCAGCCUCCAGGUCGACGGCAAGGUCGUCAAGGCCCAGAUUUGGGACACCGCCGGCCAGGAGAGUGGAGAGAUGCAUCGUGACAUUGUUGGGUUGUGCACCAGCACACUUGGUGUGACCAUGCGAGGGGUGUGCUUGGAGAAGGAAAGAUACCGUGCUAUCACAAGUGCCUAUUAUAGAGGAGCAGUAGGCGCGUUGCUUGUGUAUGAUGUCACUCGCCGUGCUACAUUCGACAAUGUGGCACGCUGGCUAAAAGAGCUGAGAGAUCACACUGAUGCUAGCAUUGUUGUCAUGUUAGUUGGCAACAAAUCUGAUCUUCGUCACCUGGUGGCUGUUUCAACUGAAGAUGGGCAGGAAUAUGCUGAGGCGGAGUCACUGUACUUCAUGGAAACAUCUGCAUUAGACGCGACAAAUGUAGACAACGCUUUCUCAGAAGUUUUGACUCAGAUAUACCGAAUUGCGAGCAGGAAGACGGUUGAUGCAGGAGACGACGGCUCAUCUGCCCCAAGCAAAGGGGAGAAUAUAAAUGUGAAAGAUGACGUGUCUUCGCUGAAGAGAGCCGGCUGCUGCUCGAGUUAG